GCCUGAGUCGUGAUCUACUGCUGACGUCCUUGACCAAGCAAAUUAUAUACAAUUCUAUGUAUGUGGUAACGUGUGUGGUGUGAGGUUGUGGAUUUUAGGACCUUAUGAAGUAAAGGACGAGGUGAGAAAGAGAGUAAGGCUCAAGAUCUUGGUCGUUUUCUGCUGCAUGGCAUCAAGAGUGAUACACACAGACGUUGUUGGUGACCAAUCAGCGGAAGGGUUCCUACUGGCCUACCAAACAUUCACAGCAUUGAGGGGACAUCCAAAGAAGCUGUGGUCAGACUCGGGGGAAAUACUUUGUGGGAGCCAGACCUGCCCUUAAAGAGCUUUACCUGUUUCUGGACACAUUGGAUAAAGCAGAGCUGGAGAAUGAGGCUACUAAACAUGGGGCAGAAUGGAGCUGGAAGAUCCAUCCAGCAGACUCACCACACAUAAAUGGAGCUGCUGAAGCAGCCGUCCGUGUAGUGAAAAGGAACCAAGAGACUCUCAAACAAAAUCCCCGCCAGCAUUCUUCAUAGGGAUGUCAGACGUCUGGUCAUCCUGCUUCCAGCUGAAGAACAAUCAGAGUAUUGAAAGACUUGUGACCUCCUUGGGUUCAGUAACCAGGAGCUCAAGUGGGAGGGAGCAACAGAAGUACAGGAGCCAUACAAACCAGGAUCUGUCUCUGCUGGAGUGUUCCAGAUGCUCAACAAUGCAAUGAAGACCUGAAACCUGACAACCCAUGUGUGUCCCUCGAACACACACACUGAAGAGUUGCAGACAACAGUGUUGUGUGCGUGGCCGGCCCUGUGUGUGUUUACACACUGUGCUGAGAUUAAAGCACUGUGGAGUCGAGGACUUAUGCUCAAGAGUAUGGUCCAACUGUCCACCUCAGUCUACCUGCUGGGAGGCCUUUUGGGCCUGUUUCUGCUAUCGCCUGUUCUGAUGGCCCCGACACCAGCCAGCAUGUGCACACCCUUGAAGACGCUCAACGGCAGCCUCAUCCACAGGCGACGGUACAUGAAACACAACUUCCCCAUCAACUACACCAUCAGGAUUCAUCACGAGGAAGUCUUUAAACUGUCAAGCAUCAACAGACUGAGGUUACAGGUGGAAGGGUUGGAUGAGCUGGUUCUCCAGAGGUUGUGGUUCCAGGUCAAUCAAGGCGUGUUAAAAAAGAUCAUCCGGGUUAUGCCAGAGAGACAUCCUUCACGUCAAUACACCACUGAGUUGGAAAGACGCUUCAGGGAUGUGGAGGGCGUGUUUGUACAGUCACAUCCCGCUGAGGUGUUCCAGCAGGAGCUUCCAGAGACUAUCCAGGACACUUGGGAUCAUUUAACAGAAGAGCCUGGCAGAGUGCCAGAGUCCAGCUGGAGGUUUGCUUCCCCAAAGUCUCUCCUAGACAACUUCUGCCGCACCAUGCACUGCCUCUUCAGCGAGUGCUUUUCCAGCACAGAAGCGCAGCAAGACUACUGCGGUGCUUCCCAUUGGAGGAAAGGCAGGAAGAAAUAUUUACGUCCUGAAAGCUGAGACUAGGCCAGCAGGGUGAAGUGUUGAUACUGAUAAGGGGUUGGUAUCAUUAUCUCCCUUGAGCGAUAGAGGGAGAAGUAAAAGGACAAUCCACAUGGAAACAAGAAAGUUCAGUCCUGAUUUGUGAACAUCAAUAAGUCUUUCCUAAAUCUACCAAACAGAGCAGAGAUUGUUUUUGAUGAUGAAGAAGACUAAAACACUGGCUCCAUCACCCAAGACUGUACCAUAGCCAGACUUCUCUUUUAUGAACACCUCUUUCAAACAUCAAUGAGCUAGAGCAAGAGCAAUGUACAUGAACUGAACUUCAAACCUACGGGCAAACUGAUUACCUGUGUGAUGCUUGAAGGGUGCCCAUCAGCAUUUCAAAUAUGAAGUAACAUCAUAGUCCGAUUUGUUUUUACUUAAAAAUUAUGACACAAAUCAAUCGAUUUAACUAGGAUUUAACAGUCUUAAAGGAGACAUAUCCGGGACAACUCACUUUUUUGGUACUUUUGGGUAUCUGGAGUACCAAUAAACCCACGGUCAGAAAUCAGGGGAUUCAACAAGCCAUUGAGAUUUGGCUCCCCUUCCUAUGUCACAUACAGGCUCAUUAGAAUAUAUCUGAGUAUCUCCACCAACGGCUUGAGAACUACCUUUGCCAGGCCCAUUUUCUCACAAGCCAAUCAGAGCAGAGUGGAGUUUCGGGAGGGGGGCUUAAAGAGACAGGCGCUAAACCGGAGCGUUUUAGACAGAGGGUGAAUACAGGUAUAGUCAGAUGGAUAGUAAGUAUUUUCUAAUCAUUAAAGCAUGUAAACAUGUUAGUAGAAACACAAGAUACCUAAAUGUAUGAAUCUGAAAAUUAGCAUAAUAUGACACCUUUAAAUAGAUGAAUAAUCUGAAAAUAAUUGCAUGGGAAACUAUUUGGUUAAAAUGUACAGUUUGGCAUUUCGGCAUUCCUGGCUGGUUUGGGGAAUUUUCAGUUGCUCCUUUCAUAAUUUCAGCUCUGAAUGUGCUAGAAAUAAAUGCUGUAAAAGUGUAUCCUGAAACUCAACUCCAUGCCAUUCCAUACUGUACUAUUAGGAAUAAUAAUUCUCAACAUCCAAAUAUUUUACACUUUCAAAUUCUAGUUUUACUCCAACAAAUCCUGACUAAGAUUUUACUUCAAAGCAAAUUAGUAUCUCCGGUAAUUGAUGUUCUGUCUAAGACGACCUCUCGGGUUGUGUCAGCUUUACUGUUAGGCUGUUACUCUAUGUUGUCGCUGUUUAAUGUAAUGUAUUAUAUUUGUCAGGUUUUAAAGGAAUGAAGACAUACAAUAUACACAUGCAUAUCAUAGAGAUGGGGGCUGUGCCGAAUAGUGAGACAUUCAUUACGUUGACAUUCAAAUCCUUAAUCAACAGUUGAAUAAUGCGCAGGGUUUUCUUUUGCAUGUCUAUUUAUUCUGUUUAAGGUAUUUCUGCAGAGUUGCAGAGAAAGAUUAGGCUACAGUAAUAUUAUUAGUAUUAUACUAUUGGAUUCCACUGGUGGCUGUGUUGGGUUGUUUCCGACUCGUUUGAUCCAAACAUUUCCAAUAACUUGGCGAGUGUAAAUCUCAAAAGUCUAAAUGCAUUGAAAAAAGAUGCAAUCAUUUCAAGAAAUCACAA